CGACAACUGCCACCAUGGCCUCAAAUCCCGCCAAAAGGAAGCCAUUCGGUACAUCCGGACCUCAUGGUGCGACCGGAGCCGCUAGGAAGCGUGCAAAAACCUUCGACGCACGUACACUAGCUGUGCAGUCCACCGAGGCUGCCCUCUCCGCAACAGGCGAGCUCGAUGUCGCCGCAUAUGCCGCCGCCCGGGCAUUUGAAAUUCAGGCCUUGGAGGAGGGUAUGCAGCGCUCGAAAAACGCGCUGACAACACGCGCAUUUCAAAAAGUUCCCCGCUCGCUGCGACGUCGGACGGCGAGUCACAAUGUGAAACGAGUCCCACGAAGGUUGCGUGCGCGGGCACAACGAGAGAUGGUCGAAGACAAUACCCCCACGGUCACCGCACGGCGUCGCAAGCCAAGCCAGCUGAUGCGCAUCCGCCUCGAAGCCGCUCGACGUCUACAAAACCUCAAUACGAAAUCCAAGAAUCGACGAUUAGCAGCAAGGAUCAAACGAGACAACGAGAACAAAGCUACUGCCAAGGAAGAAGGGGGCCACACUUUCAACAUUGCGCCUCGAGUUCCGAAAAUCAAAAAGGGAAAGCUGUCACGCCCGCUGCCUGCAGACGCGAAGUACCAAAAGCGCCAGCGGUGCAAGACUUGGCUCCCGACGCACAUGUUUCAUGCGAAGCGCGCUCAUAUGGCUACCACCAAGGAUCCGAUCUGGCGGUUUGCUAUUCCAAUCUCGCCUACCGAGAAGAGUUAUCGGCCUACGCAUCGGGCUCGCGGUGCCCGUGGCGCUGUGGCAUGGGAUGUGAGCUAUAUGUCUACCGUGCAGCUAGAAGGCACAGAAGCUUGCAUUGAAUCUGUCUUACGAGCAGUUGGUGUUAAUAGUGACGAAGCGUGGGGCACGAAAGGUAAAAAGUGGAGGGCUGGAACAAGGUCUUUGCAAGCUUGGGCAUUUGAGAAGGAACAGCCUACCAGACCAAUUGCACCGAUUACGCUGAUUUGGUGCGUGCAACCCAAGGUCGAGGAUGUUGAAAUGAUCGAUGCGGACAAAGCUUCUACAACCGUGAAGAAACCACCACGAAAGCUCUUUAUCCGCGUCCACCCAUCUGCAUUCUUGCAGCUCUGGGCAGAUUUGGUUGAGAUUUCGAAGCGACAGAACCCGCCCGUCAUGGUCGAGGACCUAAGAUUUGAGAUUGGUAGCAUUGAGAUCACCGGUCCAGGAUCUGCCGAGGCACUGUUGGCUACAUUGCAGCCUGUUUUAGGCGCAGAAGGUCCAAAGGCACAGAGUCCAGAAGCGACCUGGCUAUCUUUACUCGGCGUAUCCAAUCCGUCAUCACUGCCACAGAAUGCCAUUCUGUCUUUUCCCGUUUCUGAUCCUCGCCUCCAAUUCCCACCACGCAGUCUCAAACUCCCGGACAACGAAUCUCACAUGAAUGACCUUGCUGUCCUGCUCUCUACUUGGUCCCCCGACUCAACGCAGGGUCCUUCCCCUCUUUUCGACCGCCCGAGUCGCCUUGCAGCUAUUCGACAGCUCCCAAGCCAAAAGGCGAUCAAUCGUCGCCGUGCCCUCGCUGGCCCUGGCAAAUACCCUGCUGCACAGUCCACCGACCCACAAAUUCCUGUCAUGAUACUAGCCAAUCGUCCACAGGCUCGGUCAAAACGCAAUGCUGCUCCAGGAUCCUGGACCGUGCUUUUGCCGUGGAAGUGCGUGGCUCCCGUAUGGUACUCACUCAUAUUCUAUCCACUAUCAAGCGGCGGAAAUCCGCGUUUCGGUGGCUUGAAGGAGCAGCAGCAGCUUGCUUUCGAGGCGGGCGAGGGAUGGUUCCCGGGCGAUUUCCCUGGUACCCGAGCUGGCUGGGAGUGGAGCCAAAGUGAAGCUGAGAAAUCACGACGUCAAUGGGAGCGACGACCUAAGGGACGCCGGGUUGAGUUUGACAGUCUCGUCCUGGGCGAUGGCUACCCCAAGGGAGAGAUUGGCCACGGUUGGACCUGUGACUGGCAAAGGCUCGUUGAAGGUCCGUCGAAGGACGAAGUCAGUCGGGAUGCUGCUCAAAAGAGCAAUGACACGAUUGAUCAUAGCAUUCCACCUUCCACCAUCCACAACGUCCGCUUUCCACCCAGCGAGACAAAUCUUCUCCUCACAAAACUCAGCAAAUCACCCAUUGACCCUUCUGCUCUCGCUACAAUCCACCUUACCCUCUCGAGCCGCGGCACUCCCACUCCCUGUGCUCGUAUCUAUCGCCUGCCAACAAACCCAGUCCUGCGGCAGAAAUGGCUUGAUAUUGCUUCUCCAUCAAACAAAAAGACCAAUGAGCGGAAACAGCUCUACAAAACAAAACCCACUCCCUCCAGCGAGGAAGCACAGCGCCAACUCGCUGAGGCAUUGGUCACCACUGCGCUUCCUGAAGACCCCGGAUCUGAACAUUUGCAAGUCCCUACCGAAGAAGACCUUAUCGGCUUUGUGACCGCAGGAAACUUCAAUCUUUCCGAGGGGAAGGGAACGGGAGUUGGGUCGAUUCUACUGUCGAAGGUUUUGCUACCCAAUAUGAAACCAUCUGAGAGGAAGAUGUGCAUUGUGAGGACUGCAGGAGAGAAGAUAGGACGGUUGGGGUGGUGGGAGCUCGUGUAGUGGCAUUAAUGGUGUUUUGAUACCCUCCAACGUGGUUUUACUUGCUACUUGAUGAAAUAUUGAUGCACAUAGACGAGCCACGCUUAUAUAGCAUGCUUAGUAAAUCGUUCAUGUAGGAUCAAUUCCAUCCCAUGCAGAAUCAUGGCAACUCAAAAAUGAAGAGGAGACAAAAAAAAUAACACAUCUAUACAUACAGUACAGCAUCCCACGUUGAAGACAGGAGAAACAAGGGACUUCAUAUCAAGCCGCGGUAUCAUCUGCCGCUAAUCUAACCAACAAUGCGAUCCACAAAGGCAGCCUCCAUCUUCGCAACCUCCAUCUUAAACGCAUCAACCUCCUUCCAGCAAUCCAAUGGCCGUCGGUCAUUCAAGCGCAGACAUCCAACAACGUCCGCCUUGGCCUUUUCAACACUCUCAUCCAGUUCAACCAACUUCCUGCGCCCAUCCAGACGGUUACGCAGCACGUCAAUCUCGCUCAUGACCGAGUCCCGCGAGAUCUCGCGAUUGGCCACGGGCUGCUGCUGUGCGACGGGUUCCUGGGGCGCGGCGAAGACGGGCGCGGGAUCGUACUCACGGCCGGCGAAAGGGACCCGCGGGGCGUCCAGGUUCAAAGAUCCGACGGGGUAGCCGGAGGAAGAGGCCACGACGGGUGCGGUGGUGGUGCUCACGGGGAUGGAGCCGGUGUCCUUGGCUUCGGCGAUGCGCUUCUCGAUCUCGGCGAGGGUUUGCUGCUCGCGCUCGCGGAGGCGCUGGAGUUCUUGGGCGACACGGUUUUGGAUCUCGAGCUCGAGAGCCUUGGCGCGGGAAGAAUCCGUCUGUAGUUCGGUGUGAGUAUGAUUUGCGUGUCUUUUUGAGGGCUGUAUAAUGUGCCGCGAGGGAUUCAACUGACCUCCGAGGUGGACUGGAGGGCCUCAACUAGAUUGGAGGAGAAUUGGACGGGAGAGUUGCUGCGCGAGAGUACAUGUUAGCAAAUUUCCGUCAUACGUUC